AUGGCCCCCAUUGAACGAAUUACCCUCUUCAAGAUCCCCAACGACGCCGACGCAAACCGCGUCUUGGAGCAAUACAAGAUUCUCGCAAAGACAGCAACAAAGGACGGAAAGCCUUACAUUGUUUCUGCUGCUGUCGGAAAGUCUAUCCCUGAUCCACGUAACAAGGGCUUCAAUAUUUCUGUUAAGACGACAUUUGCUUCGUUGGAGGAUAUGAAGUAUUAUGAUGAGCAGUGUGAGGCUCAUAAGGCGCUGAAGGCUGUUGCCGGGCCAGUGAAGGAGGAUAUUAUGAUGACAUACUACGAAAGUGUCCUUUAG